AUGUCAUGGGAGGAGUAUUUCCCUGUUGAUGGCAUCCGUGAUGUUUUGAUAGCGUGCUUGUUCUUCUGUAUGGUCGCUUCUACCGUAGCCAUUGAUCAACCAAUAAACAGUGACUUUGAAAUCACAUUCACGGCUUAUCGAUUGAGACAAUUUACCUUAUCAGGAAUAUCUUAUGGAUCUAGAGCUGCUAGAUUUGCUUACGAUGUUGUUCCUUUAAAGGAUUCUGUUAUUCGACGAUGUUUGGUUGUGCGGUGGAGUGACCUGCAGGAGCAAAGCCUUCAAGAAGUUGUUGAAGGCAAUGCUGGUGCGGUCUUGAUUGUUUUGCCAAAGGGUUUAAAGCCUCUAACGUCUAGGGUAAGUCUUUAUUUUGUUUUAUUGGUUUAGGUAGCCGUUGAAUAGGUGCAAAACACGAAUUUAGGGAUCAGAUUUGACAUUUUUAUUUUACGUUUUAAACUUAAGCGUUAAAAGCAUCAUAAGUAUAUAUUCUACGUUAAUUUUAUCAUAAGAUAAACAAUUUUGUUUAGGAAGGCAAUAAACCAACAUUGGAAGAAGAAUUAGCUCAGUUUUCAACAGAUCAAGCGGUGUACUUUGCUGAAACAACUUCAGAACUUGAAACUUUGGCUAAGAGUGCUAAGAUUACCAAAGCUCCUACCGCUUUCCAGCAGAUGUUGAAUUUGUUUGUGGAAAACGCAUUCCAAGUAUCUACAACAUUAGCUGGAAAUCCUGCGCCAGUUACUAGCAACCAUUUCAACAUUAUUGUAAGCUUUCUGUUAUAAUUAACAUGUUUUUAGAGCUAAUGAGCGUUGAGAUUUUUGGAACUAUGAUUAGUUUUAAAAGUUCUGUUUACUAUAAACUUUAAAACAUUUCUUUAGGGUAAGCUGUCUGCUCCAGAAAGAAAUGCGCCAACUGUAGUGAUUGUAGCUCAUUAUGAUAGUAAAGGUAUUGUUCCGGUAAGUUGAAUCUCUUAUUUUAAUGUUUAAAAAUUAGCCUUUUGACUCGUUAAUAUCAUUAAAAACUUAAUUUAAUCAACUAAAAAUAAAUAUAUUUUCAGAGUCUAUCUACUGGUUACGAUUCUAACGGUUCAGGAGCGUUAGCAUUGGUUGCUUUGAUGCAAAAGCUUGCUCAAUACUAUAAGAUGGACAACAUGAGACCAAAGUUGAACACAGUCUUUGCUUUGACUACUUUAGGAGCUUACAACUAUCAAGGAAGCAGAAAAUUGGCUGAUGAUUUGGUCGAGAGUCAAGGUUUUUGUUUUUGAUUUUGGGCAGAAAUGUCGAGUACAUGAAGUUUAAUUUUUAGGUUUAUUUGAUAAAACUGAACAUUUUCUGUUGCACCUUUAAGAUAAAGUGACUUAUUUUUUUAGAAAAAGGUGAAAGAACUCUCUUGGUGAUAUCUUUGGAAUCUUUGAUGGGCGGAGACAAGUUGUACGCUCACAUUUCCAAGAACCUUCAAGAAAAAACAGCUCCAUACAAUUUCCUCAACAGAAUGAAGUAUUUUACACCAGUUUCAAAGGAGAGGGUGAUCAAACAGAACAGUCAGAUCAAGCAAGACGCUUUCAAUUGGGAACACGAAGUUUAUUUCAAGAAUCGUCUUUCAGCUCUUACUUUGAGUCAUUUCGAAAGUGCUACUGAUCCUGCGAGGUAGGUUUGAAGAUAUUUUGAAUUUGGUUUGAAGCUUUUUGAUAACUUGAUACUUGAAUGGUUUAAAAUUUAAUUAUUUACAGAACAACUAUUCUAAACGAUGUUGACAUUGACAACGAAGAAGUUUUGUUCGAAAAAUUCAACGAAAAAGUUAGGUUGAUCGCCGAGACCUUGUUCAGCUACGUGUUCAACAUUGAUCUAGAAUGGUGCACUGAAGCCCUACGAGAAGCAGAUGAAUGUCACAUUCUUCCAAAGGCUAACUUCUUGUCCAAAAAUAAUGAACUCCGCCAGAUCUUCCAACAACCUCGACCAGCUCACGCUUUGCCACCAAACCUAGUUCAAGAUCUGUUCAAGUUGGUCAAAAGCACUGCCCAAACAGCUAAGUCUCAGCAAUUCCAGUCGACUGAACUACAGGUCUACGACAAUGUAAAAGACGAACUUGUUGCUCAAGUAGUGAAGCCGGCCUUGUUUGAGAUUGUACUAGCGAUGGGUGUUGGUAUGUACGUGUUUGUCGUCUUCCAUUGGGCUCAAAACUCUCAGGAACUGGCCAGUUCCGCCGUCAAGAUGUUCUCAAAACCCAAAACUCAAUAG